AUGUUGUUGACAAGUAAUGCUACGAAGUACAUGGACAUGGAAGGAAGAUGGGUGCAACAAUUAUUUACACCUAAGUGCAAUAACUCUCAGGCUGCUAUUGUAAAUUGCGACCUUCCCUUCUUCAAAACAAAAGUUACCACAGAUCAAGCAAUCCGCAUAAAUAAGUUAUUCUCAUAUGAUGAUGAAAGAAAUCUUAUAAUUCCAUCUUGCACUUACGAUAAACCGCCAGGACCAUGGGAAUGGUGUCAUUUUCCCUCAUCAAAUUCCACAGUGAAACAGAAGCUGCUUAUACUGGGUAAUAGCUAUGCUGCAAAUCAGGGCAAGGUAAUUUACGAUGCAUGUGCGAGGAACAAUAUUGAUGCUGCUGUCUAUACAAAGCCUGUGUGUGAAUCUUUGGUCGAUCACAAGGAAAAAUGGGCUUGCAAAGGUCUUCACAAAGAUUUCAGCAAAGCAGUUGCAGACUAUAAACCUGACAUUCUUUUUCUGUUGUUCAGACAUCUCACCUGGAUGGAUACGCCAAAAACAGCAAUCCCUGAUCCGCUUGUGGAAAACGCUGUACCCAUUCUCAGAAAUUUGGAAGAGCAUGUUAAUCUCCACGUUUUCGUUCUAAAUGCACUCCCACGACCGCGCAACGGCUAUCAAGAGACCUAUCAUGCCAUUCUCCGUGCAAACAAGUCGAUGGAUCAGAGUCUGCUCUACAAUACGACAACGCACUAUGAGGCAGCACGUUGGCGAAUCGAACAGCUAGCUAAGAAUUGUCAAAAGUGCAGUGUGAUCGAUUACACACCAUUGUUCACAUUCAAUGGCACCUUCAACUUUGUGGAUGAGAGAACAAAGGUUGCUUACAUGAACGAUGCAAAGCACUUCACGCCUCUUGGCUUGUAUUAUCUGCAAAAGCUUUACAAGGAUAUGUGUGACAAGAUUGAUUGGUGA